AUGCAUCUCAAAACCUACUUCCUCGCCCUCCUCUUCACCCCCUUCGCCCUCGCAACCACCACCACCACAACAACAAACACCCCCAACCCUAUCGCCCAGCGCGCCCCCGCCACCAGCGGCCUCCUAUCGGAACUCCCCACCAUUUUCCAAGGCGCCACCGAGCUCCUCAGUCCAGACACCGUCGACAAGCUCGAGACAAUCGUCAGCGGGGGGGCCGUGCUGCUCGGGGGCGACACGCCACAGAACCUGCAGAAGUUGCUGUCCAGUACGAACAUCGACAAGCUACAGCGACUGAUUGAUAAUGCGGAUCGGUUGUUGACGCCGGGGUUUGUGAAUGAGACGACGCAGUUGAUUGAUAUGGCGAAUCCGCUGGUGUCGGAUGUGGGAAAGAUUAUGAAUGCGUUGAUUGGGAGUGAGUGA